AUGACGAGUCGAAGUAUAGCGACUGCUGCAGUGGAACAUAAUGAGCCAGAGCCACAUCUGCCUGCAGUACCGACUCCACCGCCUUCAAACAGACCUGCCAGACGGGAAGCAAUACAAGAAGCAAAACCCUUCAGUGAAUUCCUUACAGACACUUUCGCCCGCCAACACGACUACCUCCGCAUAUCCCUCACCGAACGCUGCAAUCUGCGCUGUCUCUACUGCAUGCCCGAAGAAGGCAUCCAGCUGCAACCACCCAACACUCAGCUCACAACAGCCGAAGUUUUCUAUUUGAGUCAGCUCUUCGUCAACCAAGGCGUCAACAAGAUCCGGUUGACCGGAGGUGAGCCGACGGUCAGGAAUGAUAUCGUGCCGCUUAUGCAGCGAUUGGGGAGCUUGAGAAGUGCAGGUUUGAAAGAACUGGCAUUGACGACGAAUGGGAUUAGUUUGUGGAGGAAACUUGACGCUAUGGCCGAGGCUGGGCUGACGGGUGUCAAUAUCUCGCUGGAUACGCUGGAUCCGUUCCAAUUCCAGCUUUUGACACGACGGCAGGGUUUCGAUGCGGUAAUGAAGAGUAUCAACCGCGUACAGGAGAUGAAUAAGCUCGGUGCUGGGAUCAGAUUGAAGAUCAACUGUGUGGUCAUGCGUGGUCUAAACGAUCAUCAGAUCUUGCCCUUCGUCGAGAUGACGCGAGAGCAGGAUGUCGAGGUCAGGUUCAUCGAGUACAUGCCCUUUGGCGGUAAUAAAUGGAGCGAAAACAAAAUGCUGCCUUAUCAGGAGAUGCUGGAUAUCAUUCGCACGAAAUAUCCGGAUGUCGGGAGGUUGCAGGAUAAGAAGAACGAUACCAGUAAGACGUGGCAGGUUCCUGGUUUUACUGGGCGAGUAGGUUUUAUUACAAGCAUGACGCAUAAUUUCUGCAGCUCUUGCAAUCGCCUGCGCAUAACAUCAGACGGCAACCUGAAAGUCUGUCUUCACGGCGAGACGGAAGUCUCCCUCCGCGACCUGUUGCGCAGCGAUCACAACGGUAUACCGAUGAACGAUGAUGCUUUCGACGCUAUACGGCAACUGGAGCUGGAUCGACGAAAAAGCUCAGGCCCAUCAGGUCUACGAUUUGACGGUGAGGAGGGCUGGAUCAGCAAGGAGAGCCAAUUGCUAGAGGUGAUUGGACAGGCGGUGAAGAGGAAGAAGGCGAAGCAUGCCGGGAUUGGGCAGUUGGAGAAUAUGAGGAAUCGGCCUAUGAUUUUGAUUGGUGGGUAG